UCAUAUUUCAUAACAGAGAUCUCUUCGUUUUUUUGUUUGCAUUUUUCGGCAUAUUUUUAUGUAAACAUGGGUUACGGCAUAGUUGAGACAACCAAUUACCUCCUGUUCACGAACCCGGUCAGUGAAGGUGUUUUCACAGGACUAUCAGCAGUCGCUAGAGGAUUAGGAAUUACACCGAAGGGCUCAUCAGACAAGCAAAUGGCGUCGGCUCCAAUCAAAGCUGCAACAAAAUAUCCUUUAUACGAUUUAGCUGGACAUAAUUUACUGUUUAUACGAAUUGCCGGUGUCAGCGGAGCGUCGGCGAUAGCCAUUAAUGCCUAUUUCACGCAUUAUCACAGAUCCAAUCCACACAAAGACAAAGAACUGAAAAAGAUAUUUGAAAAGACGAACCAAUUCCAUUUGAUCCAUUCGCUGGCACUGCUCGCUGUUCCAUUAGUGCGUCGUCCGUGGCUGACCGGUUCGAUGAUGAUCACAUCGAUGGUACUGUUCUGUGGCAGUGGCUACUAUCAUGCAAUCACUGGCAAUUCCAAAUAUCGUAAUGUGGCCGUCAUUGGGAAUUGCUUUUUGUUCGUUUCGUGGUGGACGAUGCUGUUUUAAUUGAUUGAAUUUUAAGAGGCGACUGAUUUUUUGUAGACCAGCCAGCUAGUCACAAAUCGAAACUACUUGAUUCUCAUUGCAAAAGGAAACUUUUCUUUGUAAAUACACAGGCCGAGACAACGGCA